AUGGAAGCAGCACAAGGACAAGGACCAGCACAAGGAGUGAAGAUGGAAACCGGUAACAGCGCCACCGGAAGAGCCACGAUGGGAGAUCUCGAGAAGGAACAGCUUUCCUCGAAGGAAGCGCUCGAGCAGGCGGAAGCUUUCGAACGUGUAGAAGUGAAUGCUCCACACCUUAAGGAAGGCCUGCAGCAAGUUCAGCCGGUGGGAGUGGCUCAGGGAGGAGAAGGCAUACUGCAAUGUAUGCGGGAAGAGAGGCCACGUGGCAGUGACGUGCUGGAAGAGCCCCAGGACUGGCCAAAAAGUGUCCCGCCAAGUACAUUGGUGUGA